AUGUCGAAUAGAAAACCAAAAACAAGGUGUUUUAGUAUGGAUAAUAAAUAUAAUGAUAUUUCUACGCCUACAACGGCAGACAUGAUAAAAAACGGCUCCCUGCUUGCACUGUCUGCAGGAAAUGCUUUUAGCAAUUAUGCACCAGUAGUUGGAGCAAUCUGUGGUUUAUGUGAAAUGAUUAUUAAACUUUACGAUACUAUUAAAGAAAACAAGGUAAUUUCCAGAGCAUUAAUUAAUAGAGUUGAAUUGGCACAUGUAGCCAUUAAACAAAUGGAAAGAGAAAAAGAAGCAAAUGAAGAAAAUUUCCGUAAAGAAAGUUAUUUUAAAGCAUUUAAUAGGCUUGAAGCUGUUUUGAAAAAUAUUAAACAUUUUAUUAAACAUAUUUCAAGUUAUGGAGGAUUUAAAAAAUUUUUUAAUGCUGACCACAUUAAAAAGUGCUAUGAUGAUCAACCGAAUAUUCAUAUCGAAUAUUCAAAAAGACAUAUUGAUUAUAAAGAUAAUAUUUCACCUAAUAUAAAUGAUGGAAAGCCGAAAAAAAGAUGUAUUGAUGAUAAAGAUGAUAAUAUUACAACAAUGGACACAAUAAAAAAUGUUUCCUUGCUUGUACUGUCCACAGGAGAUGCCUUUACAAAUUAUGUACCAAUACUUAAAACAAUAUGUGAUUUAUGUGAAACAAUUAUUAGGCUUUAUGAUACUAUUAAAGAAAAUAAGACAAUUUCUAUAGCAUUAAUUCAUAGAGUUGAAUUGGCACAUGUAGCCAUUAAACAAAUGGAAAGAGAAAAAGAAGCAAAUGAAGAAAAUUUCCGUAAAGAAAGUUAUUUUAAAGCAUUUAAUAGGCUUGAAGCUGUUUUGAAAAAUAUUAAACAUUUUAUUAAACAUAUUUCAAGUUAUGGAGGAUUUAAAAAAUUUUUUAAUGCUGACCACAUUAAAAAGUGCUAUGAUGAUCAUGUUAAAAAUUUGGAAGGAGCUUGUGCAGAUUUACAAUUCAAUGUGAUUCUUUCCAAUGAUGUAAAAUUAAGUCACAGAAAGGAUACAGAUGUAAGAGGUGCAAAUAAAAGGGUUGUUAAAAAAAUACUUAGAAAAACAGUUGAGGUGGCAUGUAAAACUAUUCUACAUUAUCCAAAGGAUGAUGGUACCUCUGAAUCAAAAAAAUUUCAAGCAAAACUUGCAAUACUAAAUGCUAUUCAAUGUAAAUAUAUCAUUAAAUUUUAUGGUAUCUCCAAUGUAAAUUCUCAUAAUGCUUUGAUAUUUGGCUGGGCUGAAAAGGGCAAUUUAAAAGAUUUGUACAAUACUCAUUACAUUGACUGGGUUACAAAAUUAAAAAUUUCAUAUGAUGUCAUUAGAGGACUUUUAUUUAUGCAUAAUGGUGAAAUUUUACAUCACGAUGUUAAAUGUGAAAAUAUAUUAAUUGAUGAGGAUGGAAAUGCAAAAGUUUCAAAUUUUGAACUUAGUCGUAAUCUAUCUGGUGAAACUUCAAGAAUUUCAAAUUUAAAUGACUAUAUUCCUUGGUUGGCUCCUGAAAAGAUAGAAUCAGGAACUCAACUUUAUAAUCUUGAUUCCUGGGAACAUUCACCCCAUAAUCGUCCAUCUUUUGAUGAAAUAAAAAAUGAAUUGGCAGAAUCAUGGAAAUGUUUUGAAAAUACUAAAUAUGUAGCUAAAUUUAUUGCUAAAGAUGAAGUUUCAAAUGACAAAAUUCAACAUCAUAACAUUGAUAAGGACUCAGAUUUUAAACCAUAG